ACGCUCCACAGCGGCCAGCGCCUCCAGUCGCUCCCAGUUCCCCUCCGCCCGCGGCGCGCCGCUCCCGGCAGCCUCGGUCGCUGCCGCCGCCUCCGCCUCCGCCUACCGCCGGCCGACGACGCCCUCCGACCCCUCCCGCCGCCGCCGCCGUCUUCAACCGCUUAUUUGCCCACGCUCCUACCAAAUCGCCUCUCAGUUGAGCAAUCCAAGUGAAGCAGAUGGCUACAUCAGAACCGGUACAGGAAAGCUGGGAGCUGGAACCCAGUAGGCCUCGGGUCCUCCUUGCUGCUUCAGGGAGUGUAGCUGCUAUAAAAUUCGAGAGCCUCUGUCGUGUCUUCUCCGAGUGGGCGGAAGUCCGAGCUGUGGCGACCAAGUCAUCAUUGCACUUUAUUGAGAGAUCAUCUCUGCCUAGCGACGUCAUUCUUUACACUGAUGAUGAUGAGUGGUCUACCUGGACGAAGAUAGGAGACGAGGUUCUGCACAUAGAGCUGCGGAAGUGGGCAGACAUCAUGGUGAUCGCCCCCUUAUCAGCAAACACUCUGGCCAAGAUCGCUGGUGGGUUAUGCGACAACCUCCUGACAUGCAUAGUGCGGGCGUGGGACUACAAGAAGCCGAUCUUCGCCGCUCCAGCCAUGAACACCUUCAUGUGGAACAACCCGUUCACGGCGCGCCACAUCGAGACGAUCAACCAACUCGGGAUUUCCUUGGUCCCACCCACCACGAAGAGGCUGGCCUGCGGCGACUACGGGAACGGCGCGAUGGCUGAGCCUUCGCAGAUCCAUACGACCGUGAGGCUCGCGUGCAAGUCACAUACGUUCGGCACGGGCAAUUCACCCGCGAUCCCUUCCAGCAGCCACCCUGUCUAGCCGAUGCAGUGGUCGAUAUGUUCACUUCAGGUGUUCAAGAGCUUAGUGUUUCGCGUUUUCUGUGCCGGCCCAUGUCUGGGUGUAAGGAGUGGAGAGUAUCAUCAGGUGUUUGUUUGUCGGUGAUGUCUGUGUUAACCAACGUGUCGUACCUAUGGAACAUGGAUCAGUAUAUUUGUUACUGUACUAGAGAUGUUAGGGCGUAGAGAUUCAGGAAAUGUUGUUCCAGCCAUAAUGUUAUGUUAUCUGUGGAUGAAUCUGCUUCCGUCGUUGUUCUGAA